GGCCACAGCUGCCAGAGGAAACAGCAGCCCCCGCCACUCCAUCCAUACAAAGUGGACAACGCCUCCUCCACCUCCAAAACCAAACUCGUCAGAAAAACAAGAACAAAGGGUGCACGCACUCACGCACCAGAAACACAACAAAACACACUUGCACAUUAAUAUUAAUAUUAAUGGCUUCUUUGGUUCUACCAUCUCCGACGUCGUCUUCGACCUCCACUGCACCAUCAUCUACAUCUUCCUCAUCAUCUUCUAUCUUUUGUGGCCGCAGAAGCCUCGCUGGCAAGCCUCUCUCAGCCGCAAACGCUCCGUACGCCGUCAAAUGUGAAAUCACUCAACCAUUGAAUGGAAGGCCUUGUGUGCCAAUCAUAAAUGAUCAAGUCCUCCCAAAAUUCUUGCAAUCAAAGCGGCUGCAGAAGGCGGUUGAUAGAAAUGAAACCAGGCUGAAAAUAUUUUCUGGGACCGCUAAUCCUGCUCUUUCUCAGGAAAUUGCUUGGUACAUGGGCCUCAACCUGGGAAAAGUUAAUAUCAAGAGGUUUGCUGAUGGUGAAAUUUAUGUUCAGUUGCAAGAGAGUGUUAGAGGCUGUGAUGUGUUCUUAGUCCAAGCCACCUGCCCUCCAGCCAAUGAGAAUCUUAUGGAGCUUUUGGUGAUGAUAGAUGCUUGUCGAAGAGCUUCAGCCAAAAACAUCACGGCAGUGAUUCCAUACUUUGGAUAUGCUAGAGCAGAUAGAAAGACACAAGGUCGAGAGUCUAUUGCUGCCAAAUUAGUAGCAAACCUUAUCACUGAAGCAGGUGCAGACCGUGUUCUUGCUUGUGAUCUUCACUCAGGGCAAUCAAUGGGUUACUUUGAUAUACCAGUGGACCAUGUGUACUGUCAGCCUGUCAUUCUUGAUUACCUUGCUAGCAAGGAGGUUUCUUCGAAUGAUUUAGUUGUGGUCUCACCUGAUGUUGGAGGAGUUGCUAGAGCCCGUGCUUUUGCUAAAAAGUUAUCUGAUGCACCUUUAGCAAUUGUUGAUAAAAGGCGACAUGGCCACAAUGUGGCUGAGGUAAUGAAUUUGAUUGGUGAUGUUAAAGGGAAAGUUGCUGUUAUGGUGGAUGAUAUGAUUGAUACAGCAGGGACCAUUGCAAAAGGAGCAGCUCUUUUGCAUGAUGAAGGGGCAAGGGAAGUGUAUGCAUGCUGCACUCAUGCAGUCUUCAGCCCACCUGCAGUUGAGAGGUUGUCAAGUGGCCUGUUUCAAGAAGUUAUAGUUACAAACACAAUUCCAGCAAUUGAGAAGAAUUAUUUCCCGCAGUUAACUGUACUUUCAGUUGCAAACCUGUUGGGUGAGACCAUUUGGCGCGUUCAUGAUGACUGUUCUGUGAGUAGCAUAUUUCAGUGAACUAGAAGACAAUAAGAAGAUAGUUAAUUCUUGAUAAGAGCUUACUGAACUGAGGGUAGUUGAAAAUUUAGCAUUUUCUCUCUCUUUUACUCAGACAUCAUUGCGCAUGCUUUACCAUGAACCUCUCCUCCCAUUCUUUUGGGUUAAUCUUUAUCCGGCCAUGCAAAACCCCACCAACCAUUGCCAUACUUUUUAACUAAAAUUCCCGGCGACAACUCUUUGGUGGACGUUGGUUGAUAGCGAUAUCAGUUUUGAGUUUGAUAUAGCUAAUUUCCUUCUUUAUUGCCCCCUGCUUCUUUUUCUUUUUUGUUCGUCUGCCCUCCUGGAGAAAAUUGAUGCUGAUGUUGAUGAUAAAUAUGUAGCCUGAGCAGAUUGGCAAACAUAGCCUACUCAAAUCUGCCUUAUCUAGAAAAUUGAGACAAUGCAUUUGGACCCUGCAGCAAAUGCUUAAGAGUAGAACUAGCAUUUCAUCUGGAUGCUUUUUAUAGACUUUGGAACUUGUUUAAGCUCAUCCGUUUACUUGUAAUUUCCUUUGCCUGACAUCCACUGCCCCCAUGGUGGUGGAGGUCUAGCUGCUGUAGUGCUAUGUUAGGCUGCUGUACUAUGAUCCUAUGAUGCCUCUGGGUCUCUUUACAGUUACACAAUAUGGAACCCAUGGGUGCAUCUUUCAUGAAGCUCUAUUAGCAUUUCAUCUUGUUUUUAGAUGAUCAAAA